AGGCAAAGCAGAAGCUGGCGAACGAGGUUGUCUUAAGAACCACGUUUGUUUCUCUUGAUAUAUAUAAACCGCUGUUUAUUGGGUUGUGUUCUUCCAUAGCUACACUUUUCUUUUUAACACCGCUCUUUUUCAUCUUUUCUGGUACAAGAUUUUUUCUUUCUUCUGACCCCUUUCCAGUGAGAGAAGGGGAGAGAGAGAGUCCCAGUCUCCUUAUAAAUUAAGCCUCUUCACACCCAUACUUAUCUGUUCAUCAUCAUCAUCAUCAUCAUUUUUGGCAAUUGUUUGAUGGAGAAUACCUCAGGCUCUGCGUUUAGUGGCGUUGAAGAAGAAAUGGAGCUGCAAAUGCCUCCUGGGUUCAGAUUUCAUCCCACAGAUGAAGAGCUGAUCAGCCAUUACUUGUGCCCCAAGGUUGCAGACAGCAGCUUUUGUGCAGCUGCGAUGGGUGAAGUGGAUUUGAACAAGGUUGAGCCCUGGGAUUUGCCCUGGAGGGCGAAAAUGGGGGAGAAAGAAUGGUAUUUCUUCUGCGUGAGAGACCGGAAGUAUCCGACCGGGCAGAGAACCAACAGAGCCACGGAAGCAGGGUAUUGGAAGGCCACCGGAAAAGAUAAAGAGAUUUUCCGGGCGAAAACGCUGGUAGGGAUGAAGAAAACGCUGGUUUUCUACAAGGGAAGAGCCCCCAGAGGCCAGAAGACCAAUUGGGUGAUGCAUGAAUACAGAUUGGAGGGGAAUUAUUCCAUCCCAAACCACAAGAACGAAUGGGUGAUCUGCAGAGUGUUCAAGAAGACUGCGGGCGGGCACAAGAUCCAUAUUUCCGGGCUGACCAGAGGGGAGAAUUUGCCGGCGUUAAUGGAAGUAUCUCAGAGAACGGCAACUUCCGGCGAGGCGAUGCCGCCGCACGUGACCUGCUUCUCCGAUUCCAAGGAGGACAAAAAACCCAUCAUCGCUCCCCCCCAUUUCUCUUCCCCCUCACCUUCAUCAAAAAACUCAGAUUUCUCCGGCGUCUUCCCCGGUCUGGAAUUCCAGCACUACUCUGAACCGGACGAGAACUCGGUUCUGCGCCUCUGGCUGGAGAACAACGGGCUGCAAGCCAAACAGGACAAUGAUGACGAUGAGUUCUUGAUGAGCUCAGCAGCCGGUCCGGUGGACCUGGAUUGUCUCUGGAAUUAUUGAAUCUGAAAAAGACAGAUUCAGAGAGAGCAGUGAUUUUAUGGUUGAAGAAGAAGCAUGUGGAUAGAUAGAAUUAUAGAAAGAAAGAACAGAGGAAUGGAAUGACAGAGAGUGAUUGUGUGAUUAAUCCAUCAUAUUGCUGCAAAUAAUUUUUCUUAUAUUUUAUAUUUUCAUUAAUUAAGACAUGUCUGAUUGUCUGUGUUGUAUAUAUUUCUUGUGGAACUAAUUGCUCUCAUAAUACAAAAUUAUCCAAUGUUUGAUUUGAC